UUAAAGCUUCCCAGGACAGCAAGAGGCAUCUUGGGGAAGUGCGAGCGGCUCCGUACCGCGCUGCGGGCUGACAUCGCCGUGGACCGGCGCGGCGGCGGCCGAGGCCUGGCGGGACCCGGGGCGGCCUCAGCGGGGCGGGCGGGGCGGCCUCCAGCUCCCGCAGCACCGCAGCACCGCAGCUCGCCCGCAGGGGGCGCCCGGCCGCCCCCGCCGCCGCCCGCCUUCCCUCGGCGGCCGCCGGCCUCCCGCAGCCCGGCCGCGGCGGGGAUGGCGGCGGAGGACGAGGCGGAGCUGAGCCUGCUGGAGUGCCGGGUGUGCUUCGAGCGGUACGGCCCCGGCGGGCAGCGGCGGCCUCGGAACCUGCCCUGCGGGCACGUCCUCUGCCGGGGCUGCGUAGAGGCCCUGAGCGGCCCCGAGCGGCGGCGGCUGGAGUGCCCGUUCUGCCGGCGGGCCUGCGGCCCCGCCGAGACCAGCGACUGCCUGCCGCUGCUGCAGCUGCUGGAGCUGCUCGGCCCCGCCGCCCGCGGCCCCUCGGCCCUGGGCUGCGGCCCCUCGGCCCCGGGCGGCGGCGGCAGGGCCGGGCCGGCCCCCGCGGGGCUCGGGCUGCGGCUGGCGCUGGGGGGCUGGGGGUCACUGGUGAACCCCACCGGCGUGGCGGCCUGCCGGCGGUCGGGGCGCCUGGCAGUGGCACACGAUGGCAAGAAGAGGAUCCACGUCUUUGGGCCGAGCGGAUCCUGCCUGCAGCGGUUCGGGGAGCGGGGGGACGCGGGCAACGAUAUCAAGUACCCACUUGAUGUGACCAUCACGUCGGAUGGGCAUGUGGUGGUCACCGAUGGCGGGGACUGCUCUGUGAAGGCCUUUGAUUUUGAGGGAAGGGGGGUCCUGGCUGUCCGGGAAGGUUUCUGUUUACCCUGGGGCUUGGAUGCCACCCCUGAGAGUGAUAUAAUCCUGACGGACUCGGAGGCAGGCGCGCUGUACCGCUUGACGGCCGACUUCAAGAUGGGGAAAUUAAAGAAGUGCCAUAUGAUCCGGUCUCAGCUCAUCAGCCCGAGAGGGGUCGCGGUCUCCCAGACCUCGGGUGCUAUCGUGGUCAUAGAGCAUCUGAAAGCUCAAGGACCGAACAGCAGCAGCACCCGAGUGAAGAUAUUCAGUGCGGAGAUGGAUCUCAUCAGUCAGAUGGACAGCUUUGGUCUGAACCUCGUUUUCCCCUCCAAAAUAUAUACUACAGCUGUGGCCUUUGAUAAAGAGGGUCGAGUUAUAGUAACCGAUAUCUGUAGCCAAGCGGUAAUAUGCUUAGGGAAACCUGAGGAGUUUCCCACCUUUAACCCUUUAAUUAGCCAUGGGCUUUCUUAUCCUGUAGGACUGGCUUACAUGGCAAACAAUUCCCUCGUCGUUUUAGACAGCGGUGAUCAUUCAAUAAAAAUAUAUAGCUCCAUCUGAUUGGGCUUAGAUGCUUACUGCUACAAGUUCAAGCUGCUUUUGGCCAUAAAGGACGCAAAGUUCUGGUGUUAGUUGGCAUGUAGGGAGGAGGCGUUGUCCGGGCUUUACUUUAGGUGGUACUGCCCUCUGACCAGCGCGCUGUGCUUCCUGCAAAGCUUGCAUCGAAUCUCUUGCCUGUCUGCAGGAGAAGACUUGGCCGUUGCAGGCUGUAGUCAGCAAUGAAUCAAACAAAUAAUUUGGCAUUUUAAAACUUCCAUACCUUGACAACUAAACAUUUUUGGUACGUUUUGACAAAGACAUCUGGAAUGGAGUAAUCAGAGACCGCCACCUGGGACAGGAAGGGUUGCAUCGUUUUUUCACUUUCCCAGCACGUAGUUUUCAUUAUUCCUCGUUAAGCAUAGAUACAGUCAUGAGGGUGACAGUUUCUGUUUCCACAAUUUCUGCAAGAAAAAAGAGACUGGCUUAACGAAAUGGUUGGAGAAAUGGAAGCUUCAGUUCAAGGUUGCCUGCAUCUGACUAAGAUCAUUGCAAUGGAGGAGCUACCACUGCUGAGUGAGUUACGUGAACUGGUGCUCAAAGCCUAUUUUUCCCGUACUGGGGAAAUGUGCUUCUGGAAGCACUCUUCUCUGUACUAGUUUAUUCCCACCUUUAUUAGAGUUGUACUGGAGCACUUGGAUCUUCCUGCAUAAUGCAUGAGUCUGUGUCUACCUGGGGAUAAUUUGGUGUGUGGUUACCAGCAUGGGCAGCUUUCCCUAAAAGCCCCUUCAAGUAUUUGUGUUUAUAUCACAAGUACUUAACGCCAAUAUAAAAUUGAGUUGGCUGUGCUGCUAACACAGCUAUGCUUGGGAGGUUUCCAGUACUGCCUCUGUCUUGUCAUUAAUAUGGUACUUUUGUGCCCCAAACUCCAAGAUUCAACUGAAAAUUGAAAUGUUGGUGAGAAGUAAUAGGGAAAGGGGGACGUAAGCCUCAUUUUUUUUCCUAUAGCUUCCAAAUGAGUUUUUGUUGAUUGUGAAUACACAGCACAUUUAGAUCAGUUAUAUUUUUUGCAGACAGUUUCACUGUGGACAUGACUUCUCUUGCCUUAUUACACAAUGGAAAUUAAGGUAUCUCUACCAUGUGUGUGUGUGUGUGUGUGUGUGUGUAUGAAUUAUUUUGAGAAGGAUUUAACACCCCCACUAGAAGUCACUGCGGCACUUUUAGGCAUUUACCUGCAGCUAAAACGAUUGCUUAAGUGAUUCAGCAUUAAAAGGAAUUUAGAUGUAAAUGCUGUCUGAGGUAGUGACAAGUAGAUUAAAAUGGCAUAAAACCUUUGGGGUCAUUUAUUUUGUUUGGUCACUGAAAUCAUUACUACUAACUCACAUAAUUUGAAAUUCACAGGUGAUCUUUCUAUCAGUAAACUUUCAAUCUGGCUUUUGGUCUGACUUCAGGGCAUUUAAUAACUGCAUGUAUUGCUGCGCCGGUGAUUUACCAAAUGCUUACUUUAAACUGGCCCAGUUUAGCCCUCUAAUUCAGAAAAUCUGUCUUAUGUUAACAUGUAUAUAAACAAACAAAUUAUCAAAUGUGGCUGUUUGUAAAGGUUAAUUGAACAGUGACCUGCCAAUAAAGUGUGAUUUGCUUACUCCUA